AUGACUGAUCCAGUCAAACCUCGGCGCAAGGUCGCAUCUCAGAUAUCCCUUGCGCCUUCACCAUCGCCGAUUCCAUCCAGCUCAGCUGCUUUAGGGAGAGGAAGGGCCCAUGUGACCCCUUCAUCAAUCUCAACAUCAUCGCCCACCUCCUCUGAAAGACCUUCAUUACGCUCAACCCCAUCAGCACUAUCUCUGCGUUCGACACCCGUUUCUAGAGCUAGAUCUCCUGCGCCUGCAUCCCAAUCUUCCAACAUCACUCCCCAUCCUCGAGUGACCACCAGGACACCUAGAACCCCAAUCAGCUCAACACUUCCCCCUCGAUCAGUCGUGGGGCUUACUCCAAAAGAUGGGACGCCCAUAGCGAAGAUUAGAGCGACCAAGUCGGUAGUAGAUGGGCAUAGCUCACCUCGUACUCCUGAACUGAGGCGAAAUAACACUGAGGAGCACGUAUCAAGGACGAGGACACUCUCGCUGAGAAGUACAGCGGGUGGAGCUCCCAUAGCCAGAGUUAGGACUUCCGGAACUGCAAAUAUCAUAACGCCUUCGACUCCUGUCCAUCCCAUACAGAAAUCUGAAUCAUCCAUAACGCCUGUCCAUCGUACCUCUACGCCUGCUCACUCUAUACCUACGCAAGAUGUUACACCAACAUCAUUCGCACAUCCUAUAUCAACUGCACCUUCACCCAGUAUUCAAACUCCACCGCCUGGACCAAUCCAACAGUCUCCUAUACCCAACAACAUCUCCACCCCUGCUGAUGGAGGAUAUAGUCUGACGGGAUUAGGUAUGGACGAUGGAGGAUUGAGAAUCUUACAAUCUACAUGGAGGGAUAGCAAUACUAGUCCAGAGAGAUUAUCAGAUUCAGCCGGUGAUCAAAUCGAUAUAUCUUCCAAUAGAUCCUCACCGUCUCGUCGAUCACCUAAAGUCCUACCUCAAACACUCACCUCAGCUCAACAUGCUCUAGCAUACAUAUUUCAACAUCCCACUGCAUCUGCACCAACGUCGCCUGUACCAUCGUCUUCCCCUCCGCAUCACCACACCUCACAUAGAAAUGGUAUACAUGUACAUCCUAAGACGAAAUUACCCUAUCAUCCUCAUGGCGCACCGCCACCCUCACUCCCUCGACCGCCUACCAGCCCCGAACUCCGUACUGUCGCAUUACCUGCCAUGACCCCUGGGCGAUCAUCGGAAGAAUUGUCAAGAACCACCUCGAGCCAGGGUACCGGUGGGUUCAGGAAGUUCAGUGGAACAAGUAGUGAUAUGAGUGGUCCAUUGAUGGAAAUGAGGAAAGAUGAAAGUAGAGAUAGACUCAGUGGGGCAACGGCGGUUGAUGAUGUAGAAUUGAGAUUGGGUGAAGUGAAGAUAGUUGAUCAGGAUAUGGAUGCAGUCAUGGAAGCAGAUGCGGAAGAGGCAAAAGUUAAUCGCAAGAUUGCCGAUCUGGAGAUAUCCAAUGCAAGUCUGCUAGCGAUCAACAAGACGCUUGAAGCUACAAAAUCCAAACAGCGCACUGAAAUCCUCAAACUACGUCGAAUGUUGAGAGAAUCAAUCAACGGUAAUGCUUUACCUUCAUUUUCGUCAUUGAACCCCUCAUCCUCUCUGGGCCUACUAUCUCCUACUACCGAUACAUUUGACGAAGAGCUAGAUCCUGAAGGAGCAUACUUUGAUGAGGAGAUGGCUGAUCCGCAAUUAGAAGCUAGAUGGGAUAAGAUAGCGGACUUGGUGGGAAAUAUGAAAAGACGUGCCGAAACUGCUGUGCAAGUGGGGAAAGAGGAGAUCAAAAUUGGACAAGGAAGAGUGUUAGGGUGGAUGGAAGUAGAACAGAGUAGAUUGAAAGAACAGGAGCAUGAGGAUGCAGAUCUGAGUGUGGAUUCGGUCACUCCGAAUGAACAUGAGAAUGAUGAGUACGUGGGUGAGACUUCGAGAGAAGAAGUGGAUAAUGUCAUAUAA